GUCAGAGUCGACCUCCGGAGCUGCGCGGAGCGGAGGGAGCUAGCUCCGCGCGAUGUCGUCGACUGCGGUCCGAGGCUCUUCAGAUAAAUCGUCCUCCUACAAAUAAAUUAAAAUUGUACACAGAUAUAUAUAUGAGCAGUUUUGGAAUAAGAAUCUGAUAGUUCUCUCAGUUCUUGAUUGAAAGUAUUUUGCAUCCUUCAGUCUACUCUGGCAAAUCCUCCGUGCCACAUUCUCAUCGAGUAAUAGUCAUUGACUUAGCCAACGGAAACUUCACUAUCGAAAAUGAACUGGAUCGGCGGAGCAAGAUUCCGGAAUCAUCGUGAAAGUGCAGACAAGCAGAAGCAAAAGGAAUAUUUUUCCAAGAAAAAAUCGUCCAGCCAAUGGCAAGCAACCAACCGAAGGAAGCGGCAAAGUGACACCGCUACUGUUGCAGAUGAUGGCCAGCGGCCAUUCAGUCUUGACCUGAUGUAUCUCGAUCUUGUCAGCCGUGCCACUAGUGACAAGACAGUCACCUCACAUGGAACGAUUGGUGAAGCUCCAGUUACAGCCAGUGUUCGCCAUGUCAACCUCGACACGCCACACAGCAGGAAUGUCAGCCUUUCCAGAACUGUUUACCUACAAGAGUCUCCAGAACAGGUGCCUUCCAAACUCACCAUUGCUGAUGAUUGUGAAGCCAGGGAACCAGCGUGCAAGCCCAAUCUUCCAAGUUUCCGUGCUGGCCAAAUUUCCAGAGAGGCUCUUGGACCGGCACGUACCGUCGAGAAUAGAAAGCGAGCGUCACCCAGUACGUUCAGGGAAGACUGUGCUGGGCCAGUACAAGGACGUUCCAUGUCAUCAGGGGGUGAUCAUCAACAGCCAGCAUACAAAAAGCCAUACAUCACCACACCAUCUCUCGCAAAGAGAAAUCCUGCAGAACGAGGCCAUGUUGCAAAUGCACUGGCAGCCAGCAGAACACUGGAGAGGCAACAGUCAGUAGCACAACAAACACAGAACCACCAAUUUGAAAGAAUGCUCUGCUCGUACAACCCUCCAGUGAGACUACAUACCAGCCAAAAAUCAAGAUUUUCGCCCCAGCCACGUCGACAAGUAGCAAACGCAUCUCUCUCCAGGAAUCGGUAUGAUAAGAAAAUGGAGGGCACGCUGGAGUUAUCAGCAACAUCAAACAACUUACGUGAAGGAGAGCUUAGUCUGGAGGCACAAAGUGGCACUCGAAACACUAUGUGGCACACCUUCAUACAGGGAGGCCAUCAGCAGCCAGCCACUCUUCCACCGCAGCUGAAGUUGGGAGACAGAGCGGAUAUGAACACCGCGACAGAUGAACUAUUGGAAGCCGCCUAUGUCAGUGCCUCCAGGCAUGGGAGUGGACAAUUGGAAAGAGUCCAUGAUACAAAGCUCAAAUCUCCAAAGAAACGGGGCAGUGCGGCUGCUGAGCUGCCUCAAGCACACGUAUUCAGUGAACCGAGGCAUAGCCGUAAGGCACAAGAGGCCCUGGAUGAGGUGCUCAUGGCAUGUAGCGGAGACCUUCAAGAUAGCUCAACACAUUUGGAAUAUGACUUUGAUUCUGCAACCUCAAGUCGACUGCCAAGCUCACAAGAGUCAAUCGACAGCGAUGGUUAUGAAGCCGAUCACACCCUGGUUACUGCCGAGUACCUGGACAACAGUUCACUGAGCACCGGGGAUAGCCCACCUGGACUGGACAAUUCUGAUGGGAAAGGGAGUCACAAGGUAUGCGAUGGAAACUAUACGACGGAAGGUGUCGAUACUAACAGCAACGCUAAUCCUCAAAAUCAACAGGUCAAGCCAGAAACUGCCAGUGCUGUUGUUAACUCCUCACCGCGGCAGACAUUAUCGGGUGGUGAGCGUGUGGAAGUGCUAGCUACUGAUCGGCAAGAUGUGGUUAGGUCAGCAGAGUGUUCCCAAUCAAGAUCUGCAACAUCUGCUGUGUUCGACCCUCGUACCCGUCUUUCAAAGGAAAGAUUACAGGACGCUUCUCCUGGAUAUCAUAAUAAGUCGUCGUGUGUCGGCAGACAAGUAGCAUUAACACUUAGCACUUCCAGACCUUCAACACCAUUGUGUAAACCAGCCCUGUCCAAUGAUACCACAAACAAUAGCCAAGGUACAAACUCUCAUAAUACAGAGAUUAAAUGCCAGCCAGCGAGCAAUGCUCAGGAAAGCCAGCCAAAGCCAGAUGCUAAGAAUGCAUUAGCAAUGAGGUAUUGCACCCCUCCAUCGGGAUGCUCAUCAACAAGCCGGGGAAUGGCACACCCAGUACAAGUGUCCACUCCUGCUCUGCAAGUAGCUGGGCAGCACUCCACUGAGUCUUGUGUUGGCUCUGAUAAUGUGGAACAUGUAAAUCACCGACAUGCGGACAAGCCACCAUCACCUACAUAUACACCAGGCAUCCUAGCCAGUGAGAGAAUGAUCACUCAGAAGUCAUCUUGUUUCCCUGACAAGGACCAAACGUUGAUUGCCGAAGUGGAACCUGGCUGUGAUGAAGAAGUUCAAAAGGAUUUGAAUGAGCGAGACAAAUGUGUCUGCACUGUGCCAUCAACCACUGAUCCUACCGCUUGCAACGAGACCAGCCCUAUAUCCGCCGGUGUGGAAGAUCUACCAGAGAAGACAUACUGUAUUGACCUACGUCGACAAGGCUCUGCGCCGGCAUCCAUAUCAACACAUCGUCCUGAAUCAUCUGUAUGUACCGCCUCCCAAGCUACAGAAAUCAGUGAUAAUAUCAACAGCAACAGCGCCAUACAGGUUAGGACACCUAGUAGAAUAGCCUUGCCUGAGACCUCAACUGCUGGUCAGGGAGAUCCAGGAGAAUGUGCUGGCGAGAACUCUGAAACAUUGCCGUACAAUUGUGACACACCAUCACACACUUCAUUAGUCAUGAUCAACCCGCACAAUACGGCGCUUUCCCCACUCCUGUCCCGUGUUUGCCCUGAUAGUCCACCUGAGUCUCCCAGCCCUGACACGAUCACAAUUACAUCCACUCAGCACACCAUUGCUGUAGGUACAGCGUGUAGUACUAUUCAGAGGAAAGGUGAUGUCCAGCAAGGCCGUAGACGUGAGCAAUCUGAAUGCCAGCACUGUGAGAAAGAGAUCAAACGACUCAAACAGCAGGUCGAUCUCCAGGAUCAGAUCAUUUGUGAGCUGCUUCUCAAACAGCGGACAUCUGCUAGUACACCCUAUAGAGUAUCACCUGCCAGUGUGUAAGACAUACAGCUUUGCCGUUGCCGCUACUGCCUGCAGUCACUUGAUGCAGUCCUGUUGCCCAGGAAAGAGCAUGCAUACAAUAACGCUGGGCUUGGCCAACUUGCUGUUUCUGAUCAUGUGAUUCACGGUUAUAAACAUUGCAUAGAUCGUUUGCUGCCUUCAAUGAUUUUGCCCGAUUGUCCCACAUGCUUUUCCAGAAGCCUUUUGAGACCUGAGUGAUUUGCCAGGUAAAAGUUAGCCAAUACAUCAAUUCUACUUUAUUCAUUUACCCUCCCGGGGUGCAUUCCAGACUAGUUUCCCAAACAUGUACACGACGUAUAAGAUAAUUAUUAUUGAAAGAAGCCAGUGGCAUUGAAGUGGUGCUGCCUGCUACCCUAAUCCUUCAAUUUUCCAA